GGUAAGUCAACUUUUUACUUGUUGAAAGACAUUUACAACUCCCCUAAAAAUGAGCGCCUCGUCGGUGGCUCACAUGUAGUAUGUAUAAACAUCCUCCAUUUUUUCGACAAUCUUGCCAUUUGGUGUGAUCUUUUCUCCGAUUUUGAUUGUUGGUGGUAUAUGUCAGGCAAGAGGAUGAUCCUUGGAAUUCCAUCCUCGCUAAUGUCGUGGCCACCAAAUUCUUCCAAAUGUAUCAAAGGCCUCGGCCCCGCUUUACACUCAUCUCUCUUUGGAGGCAUGUUAAUCGCGCUCAUCGAGGGUGUUGCGGUAUGCUCUCAAAUGAUGUCCAAUACGAGGAGAGAAAGAAGAGGGGAGGAAGAAAGCCGUGAAAAGGGUUAA